GAAAAUAGAAAUUUCUGGAAUGAUAAUUCAGACAAUGAAAUAUUGGGAUUUCCUAAAAUGGCAAGUUCCAUUUCCAACAUGAACCUUGCAAGCGACUUGUACAAUGAAGAGGAAGAACUGGAAGAAGAAGACUUACCUUCUCAUGGCGGAUACUGCGAUGAACAAUACCCUGAUGAUGAAUUAUUUGGUCCUGCUAACAUAAGCAGGCUUCGUCACACCAAUUACAGCAAAAAUGGAGAGGAAUUUGACGACAACUACAUUUUUGAUGGAUCGUCAUCCUUGGAUUUAUUCUGCAGCAGUCAGCGAAAUGAAACCUUUGCCGAAAAUCCUGAUGAAAGUGGCUAUUUAUCUUCAGAGGAUGCCAAUGAAAGCUUCUUUGACAUUGAACCAAACGAAAUCAUGGAAAUGCCAGAAAAUGAAAAAAUACUUCAAGUUCAUACCCAAAAUUCAUUUAGACCUUUGGUUAACAGCCUUUGCAGUGUUUCAAUGUUACCUCCUCGAUACAGAUCUGUAUUCAAGAGCAUUCCUUGCUUCAACUCUGUGCAGUCUCGUGUAUUGGAUUCUGUCUUAAACUCUGAUAGACCGAUUGUAGUUGCUGCUCCGACUGGCUCGGGAAAAACUGCAAUUUUUGAACUUGCAAUUGUGAGGCUGCUGAUGCAAAUUGAAAAGAAAUGUCCUGCUUGGAAAGAUUAUAAAAUUGUUUACAUGGCUCCUGUCAAGGCGUUAUGCUCUGAGAGACAAACCGAUUGGACAGAAAAAUUUGGACCACUUGGACUGUCCUGCACUGAGGUUACGGGGGAUAUGGAGCUGAAGUACAAUUCUGCGCUUCGUGAGCACCAAAUCAUUCUCACCACUCCUGAAAAGUGGGACUCGAUGACACGUCGAUGGAAGGAUAACAAAGCCCUGGUCCAGCAUGUCAAACUUAUUUUGAUCGAUGAGGUUCAUCUUCUGAAUGAGGACAGAAGAGGCCCUAUUUUGGAGGCUGUUGUAAGCAGAAUGAAAACUGUGCAAUUGAGCUUGGAGCUUGAAAACAAGGCACAGACUUAUGGUGUAGAAGGCAUUAGGUUCUUAGCGGUGUCCGCCACAAUUCCUAAUGUUGAGGACAUUACCAAGUGGCUUGGAGUUAGGAGCAAAUUGGAACCGAUGUCAUUUAGUAUUUCUGAGGACCAGAGGCCAGUCAAGUUAAAAAAAGUUGUAUAUGGCUACGACAGCAGACCUGGAUGGUCUCCAUUUCGAUUUGACAUGCAGUUGAACUAUAAACUCAAGGAAGUCCUCAUCAAACACUCUGAUGGAAAACCUAGCCUGAUUUUCUGUAGCACAAGGAAAGGUGUGACGCAAACAGUGUCAGUUCUCGUCAAAGAGGUGUCCCUGACUUUGACUCCACGUUAUAGGCAGGAAAUACAGAAAGCAAAGGAAAAGCUAGUUGAUAAAAAAAUCAGUGAUAUGCUGAUUCGAGGAAUAGGCGCACACCAUGCUGGAAUGCACAAAAUGGACAGAAUGCUAGUCGAGAACCUCUUCAGGAAUGGCUUUCUCCCAAUUUUGGUCUCCACUUCAACUCUCGCAAUGGGAGUGAAUCUUCCUGCUCAUCUUGUGGUGAUCAAAUCUACAGAGCAGUAUGUUGGGGGCUCCUACACAGAAUAUAGCGAGGGUUCAAUUUUGCAAAUGAUGGGCCGAGCAGGGAGGCCCCAAUUUGACACAUCAGCUACUGCAGUGAUAAUGACAAAGCAGAAUCAAAAGUACAAGUACGAGCGGUUGAUUGGAGGAAACCAACCCAUCGAGAGCACACUGCACAGGCACUUAGCAGAGCACUUGAAUGCGGAGGUUGUUCUGGAGACUAUUACAAACGUAAAUUUGGCUAUGUCUUGGCUGAGGUCUACUUUUCUUUACAUCAGAGCAACAAAGCAUCCUAAGUCGUACAACCUGCCUGAUGAUAACAAAGUGGAAACGCACCUGAACAACAUCUGCCUAAAAGAAAUGAAAGCACUGUCAAGCUGUGGAAUUGUGGUGAUGAAUGGCAAUAACGUAGAGCCUACUGACGCAGGAAAGAUCAUGGCCAAGUACUGCCUCAGCCUGCAGAGCAUGAAGCUUUUUAUUGAGAAUGUCACCAGUGGAAUGAGCAUUGAAGAAUUCUUGCAAGUUUUGUCAAAAUGUGAAGAAUUUAAAGAGUACCAACUGCGAGUGGUGGAAAAACGCACUUUGAAUGAACUGAAUAAAGCAAUCAGAUUCAAAAUUUCUGGUAAAGUGCAAAGUUUGGAAUCGAAAGUGUUUGUGGUGAUCCAAGCUACCUUGGGAGGUCUAAACCAUCAGGACAUUGCGCUUCAGCAGGAAUCGAUGAAAAUUUUGAGAGUUGCACAAAGAGUUGCGCGCUGCCUUGAUGAGUAUACAAGGUGCAAACUAGCUGAUGAUUACAAAUCUGUCUUGAACUCACUUCUUGUGGCCAAGAGUAUUGAAAAAUCAAUGUGGCCUGAUUCUUCACUGAUUGCAAAGCAGUUUGACGGCAUCGGCCCAAAGUAUGCUGAAAAUUUAGCGGCAGGUGGCAAAACGUCGUUCAAAGCCAUUCGAGACUCCAACCCCAGGGAUCUUGAAAGGAUUAUGGGAAUCGGCACAGCUCGAGGCAACCAUUUCAUCACUCUAGCUGCUCGUCUUCCAGAUUACAAUCUGAACCUCAAAUGCAUCAAAAUAAAUUCAAAAACUGUUAGUCUAGAAGUGACAUGUAGCCUUGCAAAUGUAGCAAAUCUUCGUCAAGGAAAAACUGCUGGUGCCAGACAUUUUUGCCUUCUUCUUCUAGCCGAUAGGACAAAUAAUAAGGUUAUUUACUCAGAAAAAAUUACUGAUGCUUACCUUAUAAGAAAUACCUACACAUUUGCAACUCACUAUGACAUUGUGGGAAACGAAGAUAAUUGUGAAGUUGAGCUUGUUGCAAAUAUUGUCAGCGAGUCAUGGGUUGGAAUUGACAAAGAGGAUGUGGUCAAGAUAGAACUUCCUGGUAGAGCCACCAAUGAAAAGAUUGCAAAGCCUACACAAGAAGAAGAGCCUUCAAGUAAAGUUGUAAAAAAGCCAACAAAAAGCCAAAAUACUAAGACACCAGCAAAGAAGCGCCUGGCCGCAAAAACAACUCCUGCCAAUGGAGAGAAAGCUGCAGAACCCAAGAAAAGAAAACCUUCAAUCAGCACCCAAACUCUUGAGAAAUUCAAAUUAGUCCCUAAGUUUCCAAUCAUCAAAACCUUAGGAAGAAAAGUGGGUCAACAAAAUGAUUCGGGAUGCCCUACAAUGAAAAAAUUCAUCCUUGACAAAUGCAUGCAGCCUGUGAACACUACCAACCCUCAGAUAGCUAAUGAUGAACCAGAGACCAUGGAUACUGAAUUUACACCUCCCUCUACACAGCAGAAUGGGUCUUCAAUAGGAAGUCCUUCAUAUAGUCCAAUUUACUCUCCACCUGUAGCUAAUGCCAACGCUGCUACUUCAACUACGAAGAAAUAUAUUUUGGACUAUCCUAUGCCAAUAAUUAACUUUGACAUUGAACUGGACGAGAGUGAUGAGGAGCUUGAAGCAAAUCCUUUCGAUGAAAUGACACUUCUCAGCUCAUCAAUUUCUAAUUUACCUGAUAACAAGUUGUCCAAUCGUCAAGCAAAUUUUAAACGAACACUCAGCCCAGCAAGAGAUGUGGAAACCUUUGUUGAGACCAUUUGUGGAGCCUUGGGAACUGUUGCUGCACCCCGAAUUUCCACUUGCCUCGGCGAAGGAACCCAUCAAAGCAUUUCUCUCGGAGACGAUAUUGCUUCUAUGUCCUUUAAAGGAUUCAACUUUGUGUUCCCAAAAGACCAUUAAAUUCAACACAAAAUCAAGACAUCACAAGGU